AUGGCUUGAAAGGUAGAGGUGAAAAAGGGGCCCAUCAACAAAUCCAAACUCUGCAGCAGACCCGAACCUGGCACAAAUCAAAAUUCUGCAACAAACCAAAACUCUGCAACAAACCAAAACCCUACAACGAACAGAAAUCCCGCAACAAACCCAGAAGAAAUUGAAGGAAUUGCCGAGGAAACUGAAGAAAUCGCUGAAGUAAUGGAAGAAGAAAUCCCUGGAGGAGCUGAAGAAAAACCUGCAGGAAUUGAAGUCACUUGGACAAACCCUUGGAAAAGCUGAAAGUGAAGGAAAAAGGCCAUAAGGCCGAUCGGCGGCUCUUCUGCCACUAAGUAA